AUGGGUAACAGAGCGAAUGUCACAUUCAAGGAAAUUGAAUAUCAGAAUGGAGAUCGCCUGCGCCACCUGCCUUGUGGCCACGCCUUCCAUGUGGCCUGCAUCGACCGUUGGCUCCGUGAGUCCAUAACCUGCCCACGAUGUCGAGCUGGAAUUCGACCCGCUUUGCGCCGGCUACAGCAAUCACAUCGACAGGUUGGGCCUAGCCAUCAUCAACAUCGUAACUUGUAUCAGGGCAGACGAUUGCCUCUCAUGCGAAGUCGCAGUGAACAGCGCUGUCAUGGUACCACUGUAUCUGGCGUUAUGCAGGCUCCAAGCGAUGCUUGUGCACGUUCUAGCCUGACUGGUACCGACGUGGUACAGCAUGGUUCUGGACUCUCUUCAUUUCCCGAACCACAGCCUACGCGAGCCAGCAUACUUCGGGCUGCUGUCAAUAACCAACGGAUUGCUGCAAUGUCUCAUUCUGAUGAUUCAAAUCCAUCUGGAGAUCAAGCAUACCUCGGUCGUGGAUCUCGGGUCGUAUCACCGCAUCAACAACGGCCCGUAAGUCGGCUAAGCAACUGUGCAUUAGGAAGCAGCAACUAUGGUCCUCCAGCAAGAAAUAUGGUUACAUCCGGAAGUGCUACAGGCGGAUUUAGUGUUACCAGGUUCUAUAAAGAUUUUUUUUAUUUUGUACUUAAAAAUCUAAAGCAUAUGUUUUUUUUGUUUAUUCUUAACUCAUUAACCGACAAGACUGCUCUUUUCAUCCGUUAUCUACAUGAAGAAGUGCUAGUAUCAUUGCCACUAGGGUACCUUUCGUUUCGUUUGAGAAGGCUGGUCGAAGGGAUUCGUAGAUUGGCUUAA